UUUCCUCCCAUUUUAAAAUUAAAACCCCCUCAUUUCACAAUCUCUCUCAAAAUCCAAAGCUGACCUCCACCGCGCCAUCCAUCUGCCGUGCAACGCUGCUAUCCAGCACACCACCAGCUCAGGCACCAGGCAAUGACAGACAUUACCUGCGCCAUAAUUGCUCAUUUUUCCCAUCACCACCAAGGCUCCAUCAUUUUCAACCUAAUUCCGGCUGCUCCUUCGCUUUCUUCUUCAACACCUUCAUGAAUAUCCUCUCUUCUCCUCCCAUACUCAUGGCGUUAACCAGUAUUACCAUCGCAAAAUGCAUAAACAUCACCUUUCUAGUUGACCUUCUGGGCCACCUGAAGUUCAUGGGGAUGAUGGCACUCUAUCGUCUGUGUCCUCUCAAUCUACCAGAUCAACAAGAUCAUCAAACUGAAGAUCAAGACCAAUCCACAAAUAGUACAUAUGUUCUUGUAAUGAAUGGUUCAUCUCCGUCCCUAGUCCCAGUCUACACUCUGAUGGCGUUGAUCAAGAAGAGGGUUCCUGUAAUAGAAUACAGCAUUUUUGUUGAAAGACAUGGAUCAGUUGCGCAUGAAAUGGCAUAUUGUUCUGUCUGCUUGAACAGCGUUAAGAGAAGCCAAGAGAUCAGGGAGCUCUCUAACUGUUCUCACGUGUUUCACAGGGAGUGCUUGGAUCGAUGGGUAGACGAGGCCAAGGUGACCUGCCCUUUGUGCAGAACUAUGUUGCUUCCAGCUGCUAGUAAAGAUCAGAUGAUGAUGGUAUAGUUCACGGUACAGAUCUCAUCGAUUCUCCAUGCAUCAAAUAUGUAUCAGAGUAAUUUGCUACAGAUUAAUAUUCGGUACUGUUGUUGGGCCAUUUGAAUUUUUUUCAUCUUAUUAUUAUAAUUUUCUUAAA